AUGGAUAGACGCGACUGGAGAAUACUAAGCUACCGACGUGCACCAGAACAUCCAUUCCCCAUCCCAUUACAAGAUGUGGUCAAAGCUACUCUAUGGUUUCUUCAGCAUAGUAAAAACUAUAACGUUGAUCCUCACCGAAUUGUUGUGGUUGGUGACAGCGCCGGAGGGAAUAUGGCUGCAGCAACGGCAUCUCUGUUGACAUUUAACGAAGAAUACAAACAACUAAGUCUACCUGAAUUGAAAUUCCAGGGUCUUAUUUAUCCAUGCCUGCAAAGUAUUGAUUUUCUCACUCCUUCCUAUCAACAAAAUAAAAAAUAUUUUCGUUCUAAAUCAACAUACGAUGAAUUCAAACAGCGAGCUUAUACUCCACCGAACGAUUCAGACUUUGGUGAUUUGGAAAUCUCAGCACACCUGGAGAGCUAUAUUCUGAAUCCAUUCUUUGCCCCACUGAUGGCAUCUACUGUGAAAGGAUUGCCACUGGCAUAUAUCGUUACAGCGGAAUUUGAUGUAUUGCGAGAUGAUGGUAUUUUCUACGCAAAGAAACUGGAAGAUGGCAAUGUGCCAGUAACAUAG